AUGGAAGAAAAGACGAAAGGUGUGACGUCAGAGCUCGAAACAUCGGAGAGUGACGACUCUGGGAGCCCAGAUUACGUCUCAGACUAUGAAGAAGGGCAGUUUAGGUCUCCGAAAUAUAGGAACAAGAUCCUAUCGGAGCCAGAACAGCCAACAAAUAAAUCGUUGGAAGGGGAGGUGGACCAAAUCCUCCAAGAAGAGAAGCAACUGAUGGAGGCACUGCAAACUAAACAGGCCGCCAUCAAUAAAUUUGAAGACAGCCUGAAAAAACUAAAGGAGGAAAUAGAGCCACUCCUCAGUCAACUCAAGCUUAAGCAGAAAAAACAUGCGGAAAAACUAAAUUUAUCAGCUGAAUUUUACUUCCAACAGGAUAACGACCCGAAACACACGUCGUUUGUUGUGAAGGAAUGGUUGCUGUAUAAUGCCAGAAACCAGCUGAAGACCCCACCUCAGUCACCGGACCUCAAUCCGAUUGAGCACUUGUGGGAAGAAAUCAAGCGAAGGCUCAAGAAUUUCAAUCCAAGCAACAAAAACGAAUUGAAGGCGAAGAUUACAAAGCAAUGGUGUGGUGAUGAACUAGGUAUUGGCGGGGGUUGCGGUGUUGGCUGUGUUGGCGGGGUUGGCGGUCUUGGUGAUGUUGGUGAUGUUGGCGGUGUUGGCGGUGUUGGCGGGGUUGGCGGUGUUGGGGGGGUUGGCGGUGUUGGUGGUGUUGGCGGGGUUGGCGGUGUUAUUGGUGUUAGUAGUGGUGCUGGUAGCAGUAGCUGUGGUAGUAAUGGUUGA